AUGAACCUCAGUCAUGCUUAUGGGCCUGCGCAGGCGCACAAGGAUGCGGUAGCUUUCCUGCAACGUGCUAUCGACAUCGGUUACGAUUUUCUCGAUACCGCCACCAUCUAUGGCAUGGGUAACAAUGAAAAACUCAUUGGCGAAGCACUGCAGGGACGCAGAAGCAGCUUUUUACUGGCGAGCAAAUGUGUCAUGGGUUUUAAAGAUGGCAAGAGAUGGCUCGAUGGCAGCCCUGAAGCGAUCAGGAAGGCCUGUACAGCGAGCCUUGAGCGUCUGCGUACCGACGUCAUUGACCUCUACUAUAUGCAUCGCCCCGAUCCCAACGUGCCAAUAGAAGAAUCUGUCGGGGCCCUUGCUGAUCUGGUCGCUCAAGGCAAGAUACGCAUGAUCGGUUUAUCGGAAAUGUCCGCCGAAACGAUAAAGAAGGCCCACGCAGUUCAUCCCAUUUCGGCGGUGCAGUCGGAGUAUUCAUUGCUCACGCGUAAUCCUGAAAUUGCGGUGCUGCAGGCAUGCCAGGAUCUUGGCAUCACCUUUGUGCCUUUUUCCCCUGUUGGACGUGGGUUUCUUGCGGACGCUCCUCUGAAGCCAGACGAAUACCAUGAGAGUGAUCUGCGCCGCACGUUUCCCCGCUACAGCGAGCCUCACUUUUCGCAGAAUCUGGCGUUGUUAGAUAUUGCCAAAGCCCAGGCGAAGGCGUUGAACUGUACAGUUGGGCAACUGGCGCUGGCCUGGUGUCUGGCGCAGGAUAAAACCUGUGUGCCAAUACCGGGCACUACCAACCUGCAACACCUGGAAGAUAACUUCGCAGCCGCGGAGAUCAGCAUGCCUGCUGAUGUGCUGGCUCAAUUGAAUGCAGACUUUGCCCCGGAGGCGGUGUCUGGUUUACGUUAUUCGCCGCCAGCCCAGGCGACGGUUAGCACCGAGCGCUAUGAAUUUGAGAUGCGGGCGCAGUGA